GGAGUUGGAGAUCUGACGGAAGAUACACACACAAAGGGGGAUGAAUAUUUCAGAGGCUUCUUAACGCGUUUCUAAUUAAAGACUUAGGCUUUUUAACCCACUUGGGACUUGAGCCUUACGUCUGCAGGAGGAAGAAUGAGAAGUGGCUGAGACCCUGCCAAAAGGAUCUAAGGGGAAAAACUUCAGGCAACAACACUCUCAAGGUUGCCAAGUGGACUUUUAUUGUUUUCCACCCACUUCCAAGUCGAUAAUAUCAACCUGAACGCAGCCACCUCAUGCACAUCCUAUAGCCUAUAUAAGCAGAGGCGGCACCGAAGCUGGAAUGGAGUAGUUUGAGAAUCCGGCGCAUGCACAGGGGGGCCACCGGGAAAGUUUGGCUGCCGGUACUUGGGUCUGCUUCUGUCUUUUCUCGCUAGAACAGAAUACAGUGGUCCGGCUUCCUCCAGCGGCUCUCGGGGAAGAAGAGGCAGUGAAUUAGAAUUCCCGAGAAGGUGGACGAUUUCUUUCCUGAUUCACUGCUUGCUUAACGCACCUCCCUUCCCAUCUUUGUGCUGAUUGAAAUGAGUGGACUGAGGUGUCCUGUUGUUCUGGGGCUGGCGCUGUUACUAUUGACAGUGGGACCUUGCCAAGGGAGGACUGAACCCCGAGAACUCAAGGACAGACAGACUCUCUUAAACUUAAUCAUGGAGAUCAUCCAGGAACUUAAAAAAUACCAUUCGGGGGAGGACAACAGAUUGCAAUUUUUCAGCAAACAUGACUAUACUUUGGGCAGGAGAGAAGUCACUGACUAUGGAGUUUACCCUGAUGAACAAAGAGUUGAAAUUGUUCCCCGAGAUUUGAGGAUGAAAGACAAGUUUUUAAAACAUCUUACAGGUCCUCUAUAUUUUAGCCCCAAAUGCAGCAAACACUUUCAUAGGCUUUAUCACAACACCAGAGACUGCACCAUUCCAGCAUACUAUAAAAGAUGUGCCAGGCUUCUUACUCGGUUGGCUGUGAGUCCAGUGUGCAUGGAAGGAUAAGGGGGCAGAGCCAUAAAGCAGCAGAAUGCCAAGAACCAUGAGAAGUGCCUUGGAACCUAACAGGGAAAUCGAACUUCAUACCUUUAUAAACAUAUUCCAUUGUGAACAAGAGAUUUAUUUUUGCAGACUGACAGACUCUUCCAUAAUUCCUUCAACUUGUGCUUUGUAUAUUGUCAAUACCAGUUCUACUUAAUACUUUCUUUUAAAAGAAUAAUGUUACCACUCCACUUUCUACAUGUAGUCCUCCUAAAUACUGAAUAUAGGGUUCGGCCAGAAGAAUACCAUUUUCUUUAAUGAUCUGGAAAUUUCAAAGCGCAUUCUUUUGAAAUAAGAAUUCACAAAAUAAUCUGUUAUAACAGAAUAUGGAGAGGUUUCAUGAUAAUUUACCACUUUUCUAAUUUUCCUGGAGCCUAGUUUAAAAUUGCAUGAAAAACACAAAAGAAAACUAAAAAAAAAAUCUUUUGGAGACAAGAGGAGUGUGAAUUUGUGUGUGGGGAUUCCACCUAAGCUAAUUUCUUUUUUUUUUGUAUAAUAUCUGUAUAAAACAUUCCAGCUAAUGUGCAAUAUGUAAAUACUGUA